AUGGGCUCCAUCCUGACCCCGACCCCGACCCCGACCGUCCGGGUCUUCAUCGCCGGCGGCUCCUACUGCGGUCUGUCGGCGGCCGCCAACCUGCUGGAUCUCGGCCAGGGCUUGUCGCCGCGGAUGGCCCAGGCCGCCUACGUCCAUCAUCCCGACCUGCCCCGCGUCCACUGGGACAUCACCAUCGCCGACGAGCGAGACGGCUUCUUCCACCUGAUCGGUUCGCCCUUGGCUCUCGCCGAUGCCGACUACGCCAAGAAGGCUUGGGUCAAAUUUGAGGACCUCGCCGGGUACCGGGACGAGCCCGUCCGCUUCGUCCACGGUGCCGUCCGCAGCGUCGACUGCGCCGCCAAGAAGGUCACCACGGCCGACGUGGCCACGGGAGAGCUCACGACGCACGAGUACGACUACUUCAUCGCCGCCACCGGCCUGCGGAGGGUCUGGCCCGUCGUCCCGCAGUCCCUCACCCGGAAGCAGUACCUGCUCGAGGUCGAGCGCCACAUCCGCGCCGUCCACGACGCUCCCCAUGGCGUCGUCGUCGUCGGCGGCGGUGCCGUCGGCAUCGAGAUGGCGGCCGAGCUGAAGCUUGUCAAGCCCGGCGUCACCGUCACCCUCGUCCACUCGCGCGACAAGCUGCUGUCGUCCGAGGACCUGUCGGACGAGUGCAAGGACAAGGCCUUGGAUCUCGUCAAGGAGGCCAACGUCGACGUCUUGAUGAACCACCGGCUGAAGAGCACGAGCAAGCUCACCGCCGACGACGGCUCGACGAGGUACGACAUUGAGUUUGAGAAUGGCCACAAGAUGGUGGCCAGCGAGAUCAUCAUGGCUGUGUCCAAGAGCACGCCCGCAUCUUCCUACCUGCCUCCCUCGGCCCUCGAUGACGAGGGGUACGUCAAGAUCCAACCAAACCUCCUCUUUGAAACCGGAACGCCCAACAACGAGCAUCACUUCUGCUCCGGCGACCUCGCGAGGUGGAGCGGCAUCAAACGCUGCGGCGCCGCCAUGCACGGCGGUCACUACAUCGCGCAGAAUAUUCACAAGAGCAUCCUCAAGGAGCGAUUCGGCCAAGAGCCCACGUGGAUGCAGCUAUCCCACGUCGCACCCAUGAUUGGCCUUGCCGUCGGCAAAAAGGCCGUCGCCUCGGGCCCCGAAGGUACCGUCUUCGGCGAGGAGGUGAUGCAGUCCUACUUCAACGAUGAUCUUGGCUUCACGAUCUGCUGGGACUGGAUCGGCAUGGGUGGCCGAAAGCAGGAAAACCUGACAGCUUGA